AUGGAAGGAGCCAUACCUGGCAUCUUCUUGGACGGGCUGAAUACCACCGGAACUCUCGAUACCAUUUGCCAGAACAGCAAGUUCGAUCUCGUUCCUGCAAUAUACUCCCUUGGGCUUGUCACAGGCGACUACCUCGACUAUGAGUACGAAGAAGAUGAAAACAUGUACAUGAGGUUCCAUAAUAUCUGGGAGUUCUGGGCAUACAACAUUGCGUUCGACAUUUUCCAGGCGCCUUACUACGCGUUCUCCCAGACAAUGAUGGCCGAGCCCGGUUCUGAUAACAUAUCGUCAUCAUCAACAAGACGGGGAGUGGUUCCCGUUCUUCUUUGCGUUGUGUAUGGCUACUUCGGUGAUCUGGUUUGGCGUUGA